GAUGAGCUCCUCUUGGCAUGCGCGGGAGAAGAAGGCUCGAUCCAACUUUGGGACGUUGCCAAGCGGGAAAUGAUCGACCGCCAGCGAAAGCACAAGACCGAAAUCAUGGCCAUCGCAAGCGCCGAGGGCCACACAAUCGUUGCGGGCGACCGCAACGGCGUCCUGAGCGUCUGGCACCGCGACACUGGCAUCGCGACGCUGGCCACGCCGAUCGCUGGCGACUGCAUCUACUGUCUUCACGUCGCCGGUGGACAGGUUGCCAUUGGCUAUCGGAGCGGCAAAGUGAUCCUCUGGGAUUUGCACCACGGCGCAAUCACGACGCGCCUCAAAGGUCAUGAAGAGGAAGUGCACGCUGUCUCGUGGUUUACCGCGGCCGAUGGCAAGCUCUUGCUUGCAACGUCGUCGCGCGACAAGAAGCUGUGCGUCUAUGACGGCGACAAUGUCAUCAUGGAAAGUCAACUGCCCAAGCCAAAGAAAGCCAUAAGUGCGCACCAGCUCGGACGUCUCUGGUUCACGCACGCGUGGAUCCCAGGCGCGGAGGCCGAUGCUGUGCGUCUCGUGACGAGCUCGUACAACGGCGAGCUCUACAGUUGGGAGUGGUCCCUCUCGAAGAAGCGCCCCAAGCUCAGCGUGGCGCCGACGAUCGUCAAGCAAGGCCACACACGCCCCAUUUUCAACAUUGCCGCGCUCUCGCUCAGCCCUGCGAGUACGUACAUCAUCACCGUCUCGAUGGACCGCGACGUGCGCGUGCUCCAUGCGCCCUCGAUGACAUCGCACAGCAAGCUCGCAGGUCUCGGUGGUCACGUCUACACGCUUCAGCUCAACGCCAGCGGUGUCUUGGCUGCGGGGAUUGGCGACAACACUAUUCGCUUGGUCCGGGAUGUGCAAUCGCCGCAGACGACGUGCGACCUGGUGUGGAAAGGCCUCCAAAGCAAGGUCACGGCAUUGGCAUGGCAUCCGAUUAGCCCCACGAUCCUUGCGUAUGGCUGUGAAGACGGCGCUGUUGGCUACUACGACACUUCUUCGCACCAGCACACCCGUUUCAAGGCAUACCAAAAAGGCAUGAUUCACCAAGUUGCUUGGCGCGCUCCGGCGACGAUGGAUGCCGCACCGGAACAAGAUUGGCUGGUAGCGCUCGAGGCGGUCGAACACGGCGAGCGUGACGUAAUGGAGGCUACGGUUGCAAGCCCUUCGAGCUCGGCACUUCAGCUUUGGAUUUGCGCUGGCGACGGGACGCUGACGGUCGCCAACCCAGAGAAGUCCGAUGCGCCGAUGAAGGCUGUGAACAAGCGCUGGGGUGUCCACAAUGUCACGAGCUUUGCGUGGCAGCCAGACUCGGUCACUUGCGCCGUCGGGACCAAGGACGGGAUCGUGCAUCUCGUCGUCAACGAUGACAAAGCGCACCAGUACAUGGACCACAGCAAAACCGUAUCGUGCGUUAAGUGGUGCCGGUCCACGCUCGUGACGGCGUCGUACGAUGGCUCGGUGUGCGUGUAUGAUUUUACAAGUGAGCGUCCCCAGGCGCCGGCGCGCGUCUUUAAGGGUCAUGCGACGGGCGUCACGUGCAUUGCGUGGUCGCCGUCGACAGAGUACCUGGCGUCGGCAUCGAUGGAUGGCACCGUGCAAGUGUGGCCGCAAAGCGGCGACCGCGGCUUCAACUUUCGGGGACAUACGGGCCGCGUCUUGACAGUUGCGUGGGUCGACGACGAGACUCUUGUGAGUGCUGGCGAAGACCAGUCGAUCCGCGCGUGGGCGUACGCUGACCAGACAUGCACUCUUCCGCCCAAGAGCAAAGACGACUCGGCGCCGGCUCCAGCUCCCGUCGUCACGAGUAAAAAGGCGGUACCCAAGCAGCCCAAGACGCUAGCCGCCGUGGCUGGUUUGCUGCCAAAAGCCGAUACCAACGUCGAAAGUGUUGUGAAAAUGCUCGAUCCGCCCGCGAGUGUCGCUAUGCUGGACGACGCACAUGCGCAGUACAUGGCGACGGGCGACUGGGAACGCGCGGCAAGACUGCUCGUGCUCCACGGACGCAUUGGUGAUGCCCUGCGCCUUGUCGCAAAAGAAGGAAAGCUCAGCUCCGUCUGGCUGGCCUACGCGCCAAUGGCCGGUAGCGACGUGUGGCGCGAGUUUACAUUCUUGUACGCCAAGCAGCUCCGCAAUGCCCGCGCCUUUCAGGACGCAGCGUUGCACUACACGUCGGUCGGGGACGUCCACACAGCGAUCGAGUGUCUCUGUGACGGUCAGUUGUGGCGCGAAGCCCUCGCCCUCGUGCAUCUGCGCUGUUCUCCGUUCGAUCCAGUGCGAACCGCCACGUACGAAGCUCUGGCGAGCCACUUGCAAGCAACACACGCGGUCGAAGAAGCGGGACAUGUGUACGUGCACCUGGACCAGCCGGACCAAGCUCUCGCUUGCUUCCUCAAGGCCGCGUCGCCAUCUUCGUUUGAUGCAGCUGCGCGUCUCCCGCUGUCCAACUCGGUGGCCCUCGACUUGGCCAACCGAGCGAUGGUGCUUGGAUUCGACUCGGCCGUAGCGAUCCUUUUGGCGGCGCUGCCGCCCGAGUCAGACCCCGCCGCGCAUCUCUUUUUGGCGUUCUACCUGCGCUCAAAGUCGCCACCGUCGUGCUCCAUGGUCUCAAACCAAGCGCUGGCCCACAGUCUCUUGGCCCAACGUCCCGAAGGCUUGCCGCCGUUGUUGACGGAGCACUUGACCGACGGCGGCUGGUUCUGGACCGCGCUCGAUGCACCCGAUAUCGCGUCGCGGUUGCGUGACGCGGACGAGGAUGAGGUGCGCGAGUCGAUCGAAAAGACCUUUGGUGUCUACUUGCAGGCGGCGCCCGUUCAUGGCCGCAUUCUGGCACAUCUCUUGCGCAUUGGCACGGAUGUGGCACAAGGGUGCCUUGUGAGUGCAUUUGAAACGUGGAGCGCAACGUUGGCGUGGCUGCUUUCGACGACAGAGGGAUGCGAGCUCCUCGGUGCUUUCUGCCUCGUCUUUCCUCGCGGUGUGCAACGCCAGCCCAUUACCGAUGGCGAGCUCGGUACGGAGCCUAGCGCUACGCAAGAGCUCUGGGCGCUCUUCUUCUUAUACCAGUGCAUUGCUCUCGCCCGCACCGUGCGCCUCGAGGCCGACACAGACCCGCUGGCCAGUCAAGGCUCGCUACUGUUUCUCAUCCAGUGGAUCAACAACGAGUUGCCGGUCGUGCAACUAGAAACCCUCGGAGCCGAUGUGACCCAGCUAACGCGAACGGCGUCCAACGAGCUCUCGCUGCUGUACCACCAACUCUUGGCAACGCCUUCUGGCGAAAGCCCAGGAAGCGAAGACGUGGCCAGUGCCAGCGACCAAGACGACGAGCAAGGCUCCACACCGGACGUUGUCGACGAAUAG